AUGCUUCACCCAUUACUACCGGGUCAUCUUACUUCAUCAAGACACUCCCUCAACUCUCUUUCAAAUGAUAUCCUAUAUAUCAUCAUUGAAGAAUUGGAUUUUCUCUCCACAUUGUUUCUUCGUCUGACGUGCAGAUCCAUCUACCUAGCUUUCUCCGACACGAUCCUAUUCUCUUGUGUGUCUCUUCCAUCAUCAUUCACUCAACGACAAUUUAACAGCCUAUUUUCUUAUCUUCGGUCGACGCAAAAACUACGGUUAAUCCGUCAACUUACCUUCGACAGGUCAAAAGUUACCUCAGAUGCUGUAAUAAGUGUUCUUCGGGAUUGUGAAAAUAUUCAAUACUUGUGCAUUUUGGGAUGUAGGGACGUGAGUAUACCACCGAUUACUGACGCCAUUGUUGAUUGGUAUGAUGAGUAUGAAGGUUCACAUGAAGGAGAUAGUGCGUUCGGCAAUAAAAUAAGAAUGGGAAAAUUGGAAAAGAUCGUAAUGACGAGGUGCAUUGGCGGUAAACGGCAUUCAUUAUUUAUCAAGAAAAUCUUGGAGGAUUUGAAACGAAUGAAAGAUCAUCGGAAAAAAAAUGACGAGUUAAAUUCUGAUGCAUUCGAGUGUCAUUAUACUGGAGGCAUAAACACCAUUUCAACCAUUUCGUCAUCAAUGUCUGUUAUUUCCGCUGCCUUGUCAAAUAAUUCACCUUCAAUUUGUCUUCCCGCUCCGGUGACUAGCAAAGAAAUCACAGGUGACGACACAAACGACGGAAUAUUUCAAUUUCAAUCAUGUUCGGAUCCGAACUGUGAACCUUGCACCUUAUCAUGUGCUGAGUGUGGCAUAAAAUAUAAAUAUUGGGACGAGUUCUGGAUAAAGUGUCAUUGGUGCAAGAACAGGCAUUUCUGUGGCGCCUGCAUCACGGAAGCCUCAAGAAGGAGUGUCUUUAGGGAUUAUUCGUUUCGAUAUGAGAGGAUUAAAUUGUGUCAGUUGUUUGACGUGCCAUGUCCCAAGUGA